GCAGGACCACUCUGUGAGGGUGUGGAAGAGCUUGGCAAUAGCAGCAAUGGGAGAGCCCGAUGCUCUUCCUCUUCUUCUUCCUCGUCUGCUUCUUCUUUUGACUCUCAGCUCUCUCUUUCUCUUCCACUCUGCUUCCUCCGAAAUCAUUUUCGAGGAGCGAUUCGAAGAUGGGUGGAAGGGCCGGUGGGUCUUAUCGGACUGGAAAAGGAGCGAAGGGAAAGCUGGCACGUUUAAGCACACGGCGGGAAAAUGGUCCGGGGAUCCUGAUGAUAAAGGUAUUCAGACAUAUAACGAUGCCAAGCAUUAUGCCAUAUCUGCAAAGAUACCAGAGUUCAGCAACAAGGAUAGAACUCUAGUGGUACAGUAUUCGAUUAGAUUUGAACAGGACAUUGAAUGCGGUGGUGGUUACAUCAAGCUUCAUUCUGGCUAUGUCAAUCAGAAGAAAUAUGGUGGUGAUACACCUUACAGUUUCAUGUUUGGACCAGAUAUAUGUGGCACACAGACAAAAAAGCUCCAAGUUAUACUUUCUUACCAGGGGCAGAAUUAUCCCAUCAAAAAGGAUUUACAAUGUGAAACAGACAAGUUAACUCAUUUUUACACCUUUAUUCUUAGGCCUGAUGCAACUUAUAGCAUCCUGGUUGACAAUAGAGAAAGAGAUUCUGGAAGUAUGUAUUCAGACUGGGAUAUCUUUCCUCCAAGGAAAAUAAAGGAUGUCAAAGCAAAAAGGCCAGCAGACUGGGAUGAUAGAGAGUACAUUGAUGACCCUAAUGAUGUCAAACCACAGGGUUACGACUCAAUUCCUGCUGAAAUUCCUGAUCGAAGGGCGAAAGAGCCUGAUAACUGGGAUGAUGAGGAAGAUGGAAUAUGGAAGCCACCUAAGAUUCCAAAUCCAGCAUACAAAGGACCAUGGAAGCGCAAGAAAAUCAAGAACCCCAACUAUAAGGGGAAGUGGAAGACUCCAUGGAUUGAUAACCCUGAGUUUGAGGAUGAUCCUGACCUUUAUGUGAUGAAGCCAAUAAAAUAUGUGGGCAUCGAAGUAUGGCAGGUAAAGGCUGGUUCGGUUUUUGACAACAUUUUGAUUUGUGAUGAGCCAGAGUAUGCAAAACAAGUAGUAGAAGAGAUAUUUGCGAAUAAGGAGAUUGAAAAGGAAGCAUUUGAGGAAGCAGAGAAGGAGAGAAGAGCUAGGGAAGAAGAGGAAGGUAAAAGGGCAAGAGAGGAAGGUGAACAAAGGAGGAGGGAUAGGGAUCGUCGAUACGGCGAUAGAAGGCGCCACAGAAGGCAUGAUCCGCGCGAUUACUUGGAUGAUUACCAUGAUGAACUAUGAGAGGCAUCCAGAGCAAUUUUCAUAAAAGAUUGUAUUAUGUGGGAAGGAUGUCCAGCCCAUGUGGUUGGUUGUAUGAUUAUUGCUGUUGUUGUUGUAACAUUGAAGCGAUGAGGCAAUAAAAUUAGAUCUUGCACUGCUGUUUGUUCCUAACUGAAUAUAAUAAAAGAAUUAUAAUUGUAACCCAA